AAUGACAAAUAAAACCAAAAUACUCAAUUAUAUGAGACCAGCCAUGGCAAUCAUCCCAGAUGUUGCUGAGCCUGAAAGAAGAGUACCAAUAUUUAAUUGAUUUUAGAUCUUAUUUAAAUACAGAGCAUUAUGGACAGCCAUUGCUACUUUAUUAUAUCUAAUUUGUUCUCAAAUUCCACUUUAUGGUAUUUACAAAUCUUCUGCUGGUGAUCCAUUCUAUUGGAUGAGAGUGAUAUUAGCAUCAAAUAGAGGUACCUUAAUGGAAUUAGGUAUUUCACCUAUGGUAACAGCCUCAAUGAUUAUGUAACUCUUAGCAGGUGCUAAAUUAAUUGAUGUUGAUUAAAAUGUCAAGGAAGAUAAAUAACUUUACUCUGGAGCAUAAAAAUGUAAUUAAAUUUGUCUAUCUUAGUAUUGGGAAUCCUUAUUGCUUUUGGAGAAGCUUUUGCUUAUGUUUGGUCAGGAAUGUAUGGAGAUUUAGACAAAUUAGGAGCAGGAAAUGCUAUUCUUAUCAUAAUCCAAUUAGUCUUCUCAGCAAUCGUGAUGAUCAUGAUUGAUGAAUUACUCUCAAAAGGAUAUGGAAUUGGAAAUUCAGGAACUUCAUUAUUUAUUGCUAUUAAUAUAUGUGAAAACAUAAUGUGGAAAGCAUUUUCACCUAUCACUCAUAAAACAUAACUUGGACUUGAAUAUGAAGGAGCUAUCAUUGCCCUUUUACAUGGACUCUUUAUUUAAAGUGAUAAAAUUGCUGCCAUCUAAUCAGCCAUAUUAAGAGACUCUUUACCUAAUCUUACUAGUUUAUUGGCUACUGUCCUUGUGUUUUUGAUUGUCAUUUAUUUCUAAGGAUUCAAAGUAGACAUUCCAAUAAAAAACAAUAAAGUUAGAGGUGGAUUGACAUCAUAUCCAAUUAAAUUGUUUUACACUUCCAAUAUCCCAAUCAUAUUGUAAACUGCUCUUGUUUCAAACCUUUAUUUCCUUUCAUAAAUCCUCUAUAGAAAUUUCAAAGGAAACUUCUUAAUUCGUUUAUUAGGAUAUUGGUAAGAAUUAGAAAAUGGAUAAACUGUCCCUGUUGGUGGAUUAGUCUAUUAUGUAUCUCCACCAAGAUCAAUUUCAGAAGCAAUAUUUGAUCCAAUUCAUACAAUCCUUUACACUGCCUUCAUACUUGGAACUUGUGCAGUCUUUUCCAAAACUUGGAUCGAUGUAUCUGGAUCAUCACCUAAAGAUGUAAUUUAUUAAUAAUAAUUUUUUUAGGUUGCUAAAUAACUAAAAGAAUAAGACAUGUAAAUUGUUGGAUAUAGAGACUCAUCAAUGAAAGAUGUUUUAAAGAGAUACAUUCCAAUUGCAGCUUCAUUUGGUGGUAUGUGUAUUGGAGCACUUACUAUCUUAGCCGAUUUUCUUGGAGCUAUUGGAUCAGGUAAUUACUCCUUUAUAUAUUUUAAUAGGAACUGGUAUAUUGCUCUCUGUCACUAUCAUAUAUGGCUAUUUUGAAACAUUAAAAAAAGAAAAAGAAUAAGGUACAUUAGAAUUGUUUUGAUA